AUGGAGAUCAAACAAGACGGCGACGAAGUCUACAAGAAAAUCCCAGACUUGGCUGAUGAGCUGCCGGACAAUUCACCGCGAUAUAUCCUACUAAGCUAUCCUUUGACCUUGGCAUCGGGACGACUAUCAGUACCAUACGUGAUGAUCAACUACUUACCACCGACGUGCUCGAGCGAGAUGCGGAUGUUGUACGCUAGUGCCAAGGAGCUCCUUCGCAACCAGUCAGAAGUCGGCAGAAUCAUAGAGAUAGACUCAGCAGAAGAUCUGGACGAGAUCGAGGAGAAGCUCAAGGGCGAAGACUGA